CAUAUUGUUCCCUGAUCUCAGUCGCACUCCACACUUCUGUUCUCAAGAUCGAAACUCACCAGACGGAGAACUCUGUAUACAUCCACCCAGCCAGACGCGCAAAGGUGUCAUUCAUCCAGGGUCCCCUCCAAUCAUGAGCUUCCAUGUCUGCUCGCAAUGCAUGCGAGCUUUGCGACAACAUGCUCGUAGCGAGGCCUUCACUCUACCCAAGUCCUUGAACAUCCACCCCCGACAUUUUUCCAAAAUGACUCCUCACUCGAAAAGCCCAGAUCAGCCAGCGGCACCAAAAUCACAGUCGAACAAACCUGUGAUUCCGCCGUCAAUGGCAUCAACAGUGACUACAAAUAUUGCGGCAGAAAAUCCAGAGGUGUCUAAACAACAAUCCGAGCCUGCCUUGAAUUCAUCUUCUCAGCCCAAUGUCGCAGCUAUGCAGAAACAAAUCAUGUCCAGCCUCGGUCAGAAAGAUGAUUUGGCGACCAGACUGGCCAAAGGAUUGCGCAAGACCGCCAAGAGCACGACCGAGUCCUAUAUCACUUACGGCGUAACGGAAGCCAUCUUCAAUUCUUGCGCAGCCCAAGCAGAUUAUACCAUUCCAGAAGACCAACGGAUGAACAUCCUGACUGGAAAGGGCCCCCCCAAAACUGCAGACGAUGUGGAUCUAGGUCAACCACUGGGAAACUCCUGGUGGUUCAGAACUCUCGAUCUCCCUCCGACAUUUUCCACUUGGUCACAAGUCACCUUUCUGCACAUGUACAUCAUGACGGUGCGAUUACGCAACCUCGAAACACCUGCUGCGUUCCGCGACUAUCAACGAUAUCUCAUCGAGCACUUCUCCAGCACCGCAGAGGAUAAGAUGAUUCUCCUGCACAACAUGUCUGCUCGUGGUAUUAGAAACAAAUACCUCAAGGAUCUCUUUUGGCAAUGGCGAGGCGUUCUGGCCGCCUAUGACGAAGGACUAAUCAAGGGUGAUGCAGUGCUGGCAAGUGCCAUCUGGCGCAACCUUUUCCGAGGAGAUGAGAAUGUCGACUGGGACAAAGUUGCUAAAGGGGUGGCGUUUACACGCAAAGGAAUAGCCACGGUUGCAAAUCUCGAUAUCCAGACGAUUGUCGACCAGUCGGUUGCAGAAUCGAAUUGGUGGACCAAGGUGCAGCAAGGUCUUCCGGAGCCUUGAAUUGGCAUAUCAUGAAGGGUUGUGGUUAUUGAGACCAAAAAUGCGGAAUGAAAUUCUUGCAAUGCUGGAAGGGGAUUCCUCUGUUCACGGAGAUUCUUCACUUGUAUUUAUAUAUGACAUGGCUAGGUUGUCAAAACAAACACACCCCAUUCAGGCCCAGGGUUUC